CUCACCGUUAUCACCGACCAGAGCUGUGGAUCUUUGUCUGCCAGCGCACCGCAAACUAUUCCACAGGUUCGCACCUUGACUGUUUGGAAAAAAAACCCUUCGUGUUCCAAAAAAAAAAAAACAAAAAAUGAAAAACUUCAGGCAAAUUAAAAUUACAUUCCUUCUACUAAUAUUAGUACUCGUGAUCUUAGUUCGUAGCCAAGAGGCAGUACAAAACAAUAAAAAAAAUAUCAGCCUACAUGAUCCCAAUGUUGAUGAGACGGUAAAGUCAGCCUUAGAAAAUGGUUCAGUCAGUGAAGUAGUCGUGAGGAAAGAUUUACUGCUGUUCCCAGUGAACGCGCCGAAUUUGGUGAUUGCGCAUACUCAAGAAAUUCACGCAGUACCGCAGUCUAAUGGCACGAACACAACGGACAGGAAACCAACGGCCGCUGAGGUAGCGGAAGUUAAUGAAUACAGUUUAUCGCAAUUGGUUUCAACGAACGAUACGAAUUACGAUAAUGAAACGGUAAGGAAAUUGUUGCGAGCCACAGCCUCCACGCUUUUACGUGGCCCGGAAAAUGUUUCAGUACUGGAACCUGGAAAGCUCUUGGAAAUCGUUUCGGGCUUCAAUUUGUCGCAUGGAUUGGCUACCGAAACGGUUCCUCUUCCGAACGAAGUGCAAAACAUCAGCCUUCCUAAGCAAUCGAUCGCGGGACUCUUAUCGAAAUCGCUGCAGCAAUCAGACUCGUUAACGACUGUUACCAUACCGGCCUACGACUUUAAUACUCCGCAAUCCGAUGUAGCCAUCACUGACAUUACCUCAGACUCACAUCCGUAUGCAGAUGGCAUUAGCAAGCGAUCUGCCGAUUUGAAAGAAAGUAACAGCAGCAGCGAUGGGAUCACCGUGAUACCACCUUAUCCUUACAUCGUCAAAAAGAGACAGAUCGAUUCCGAUGAAAACGACAGUGAUGACGAUUCUAUUAGCGAAAAUAAUACCACGGAAGAAAUCGUCGAUGUAAUUAAUAAAGGAAACAGCACCGAACCAAGAUCAAUUGAUUCGGAAAUGUAUGAUAACGAUAAUAAUGGCACUAUUACGGAGGAAACUGCAGAAAAUGGCAAAAGAUCUGUUAAAGAAGAUGAUAGCUUGAUAGACAAUAGCAGUUUUAGUACUGUAGAGUAUGAUAGCACAAGUAUAUCCAGUACGAUGCUUGACAGUGGUGUAAAAGACAAUUAUAAGGUCGAAACAAUCAAUAACUCUACUGCGGGCAGCCGAUCAUUUGUCAUAAAUAAUGGAGCUUUGUAUCGGAUGCACACCGUUGAAGAGAAAUUAAAAGACGAUUCGCCCGAGGACAUGGAAGUUGCAGAGGACAUUGUGUUUAGGCCAUUGUUUAGAUAUCGACAAGAAACUCGACUCCGACAGCAAUCUUCGAGAAGAUCUGGUUAUCGUCAAUCUGCUUAUAAAGCUUCUGAUACUCAAUACGAUGAUGAUUAAUAAGCAUGAUCAUAUCUCAACGGCAUCUCAAAAAGCCAAAAAUGAGAAUUAAUAAUUGGUAAUUUUUGUUCUGACUACUAAAUUGUGCUUAUCUUUAGUAACUUGUAAAUAAAGAUUUAUUAACGACUUGCGUUCAACAUUUCAUAUAUAAUCUAUUUUAAAAUUUAUGAAUGAAAUAAACUUUAAUCUACAAUAAUUUUCAAUGAUUUACCUAGUUUCAAUACGUUCAAGUAUAGAGAAAAAAUUUUUAGACCUUUUUUGGUUUUCAAUUUUUCUUAGGAUGUAGUUAGAAAAGAAAUAUAUAUUAUAAUUGAAAUAGAACAUGAUAAUCUUUAAAGUUUUUACCAAUAAGUGAAUAGAUCACGAUUCAUCGCUAUAACAUUACUCAUAUAAAC